UCUGAUCAAACAAAUCAAACUGUGAUUUGACAACAUUCAAACAAUCGUGACAUUAAGCUGGUCAACAUGUUAGCAGACCCCCCCCGCCCCCCACCUCCACUAUGACACAACAAUAUAUCAGAGUCUGUCUGACUUUCCUUUCUUUUACGAUUCUGAAAAACAUUCUUGAAUGUUUCUCGAACCUCAAGUCUUUAACUUUCUUCUUCUGUAUUUUUGUUUCACUUUCCCGACAUCACCGUCACAGCCCGGUUAUUUUUACUGUAAACGCUCGCCGCCCCCCCAGCCCUGCUUUAAGUGACUAACAAAGAAGAACAGACAAAAACACUGGUUGCUCUUCCUCUUUUUCAGAAGGCAGAUAUUUUGCAAGUCUGAACUUUCCACUCUCAGCUGUGACUGAGACGGAUGGCCAGAAGUGAGACGGGUGGAUGAGGGUGCGACAGGUGGAUGAGGGUGAGACAGGUAGAUGAGGGUGUGACAGGUGGACAGAGGUCAGACAGGUAGAUGAGGGUGAGACAGGUGGACAGAGGUGAGACAGGUAGAUGAGGGUGAGACAGGUGGACAGAGGUGAGACAGGUAGAUGAGGGUGAGACAGGUAGAUGAGGGUGAGAUAGGUAGAUGAGGGUGUGACAGGUGGACAGAGGUCAGACAGGUAGAUGAGGGUGAGACAGGUGGACAGAGGUGAGACAGGUAGAUGAGAGUGAGGCAGGUGGACAGAGGUGAGACAGGUAGAUGAGGGUGAGACAGAUAUAUGAGGGUGAGACAGGUAGAUGAGGGUGAGACAGGUGGACAGAGGUGAGACAGGUAGAUGAGGGUGAGACAGGUGGACAGAGGUGAGACAGGUGGAUGAGGGUGAGACAGGUGGAUGAGGGUGAGACAGAUAGAUGAGGGUGAGACAGGUGGAUGAGGGUGAGACAGGUGGAUGAGGGUGAGACAGGUAGAUGAGGGUGAGAUAAGUAGAUGAGGGUGAGACAGGUGGACAGAGGUGAGACAGGUAGAUGAGGGUGAGACAGGUGGGUGAGGGCGAACCUUCAUGUUUCACUUCCUGUUUCACUACAGUUACUUUUACAGUACACGCUUCAGUUGGGCAAUGAGGACCCUCCAUUCACCGUUCCCAGCAUAUAGCAGCCAAUGAGAGAUGUUGUUUAAAGAGGUCAUAUUAUGCCCUUUUUGGGGUUCAUAUAUUUAAUCUAUGUACCUACUAAAGUAUGUUCACAAUAGCUAAAGUUCUAAAAAAGUGUCUGUUUUCAUGAAUUGCCGCUCCGUGCACCGGCUCGCUUCUGACUCUCUCUCUAAGGCUCUGAAGUGCCCACGUUCAGAGUCCCCACGUGUGCAAAGUCUGAUCUGAUUGGUUGGCCUGUCGGUUCUGCCAUGAUUGGUCAGUUGCUCAGCACGGUUCUCGGAAAUGUCCUGCCUCUUUUACCAUAUUGGGAAUGCAGCCACUGGCUCCGUCCGAGGAGAGCAUAAACAUUAGCACCUUAGCACUACUGCGCUACCGCAGGCUACGGCAUAUCGUGGGCGUGCUACAGAAGUUAACAGGCGUGCAACAUGAGCUGCUGGGCUUGCCACAACAAGCCAAUGGGCUUAGAUCAGUGAUCUCACACUGACAAUGACGUCGGACUGACAAAUUUUUAUCGAGGGGGGCUAGAACCGAGCGUUACAUGCAGCUAAUGUUACAGCUAACAGGAGGACGUAGGAGAAGCCGCGUUUCCGCGGACUUUGAAUUUUUGCACAUAGAUGUGCCUAAACAUGCACAGGACACUUGGAAAACACACUAAAGGGCAUAUAAAACCAGAAAAAGCAUAAUAUGGGACCUUUAAAGUAGAUCUCUGUCCCUGUUCCGAUGUAUCUAUUCCAGGCUAAUUGCACGGGACUGUGAUGGUGACUGAUGUUUCUUGUUGCCAAUGAAAUUAUAAACCCGUCGACAUUCUGCUUCGAUGGAACGCUCUGAAGUGAUGAAUAAAACAUCAAUCAUC